AUGGAUGGUGUCAGCUCGCAACCUGUAAUGCAGGUAAUUGUUUACAAUCCUGUUUACAAUGUUGAGAAUGCGAGGCAGGGGAGCAAGAAAACUGGAGUGACCUGCCUCUUGACCGAAGCAAGGAGUGGGAAAAGUGAUCAAAAGGAAAGACUAGAGGACUUGAUAAAGUCUCUCCAAGAAAAUAGCCCAAAACUUUAUGGAACUAAAGUUCUUGAUACCACAAGUAUUGAUGCAUUACCUGUUGUUAACACUUGCUUUGGGCAAUGUCUAGUUGGUUCAUUUGGAUCUUAUCAGCUUUCAGUGACAGAGUCCAUUUACGGUUACAUUUGUAACCGCAUUUUAAGGAUUUGA